AUAUUGGUUUUCGAAUGAAACUAAUUAAAAUUAUGAUUCGAAAAAAAAAAAAAUGUUAUUCUACUAGUUUGGCAAAAGCUAUUGACGUGUUCUGGUGCGUUCAAAUGUUUGAUAAUGGUCAAAGUCCACAAAACUCCUAUCAAUUAGACGCAGGAAAUUGGCAAUUACUCUAUCCUUAUCCACUAGCUACUACUACUAUUAACUUUAAAAAUUACACAUUUAGUGCAUGAUCAACCCUUGAAUAUUUUAUUAAUUAUUAUUAUUAUUAUUAUUCAGGGUUAUAAGUACGCUAACCAAAUUAAAAGUUCAAAACAAUAAUUGUAACGCACUUGAUCUCAGUUUAUAUUUCGGUGUGAAUGGAAUUCUUCGACAAGGCCAAGGUGGUCGCACUCCGCAGCAACCAUGAAAAAUAUUUGCAUGCCCACGAAGACAAAGAAUCAGUGAGGCAGCACUCAGACGGAUUAUCCAAGGGAUCUAGAUGGACCGUGGAGCUCGUAACCCGAUCCGACUCCGUUAUCCGCCUUAAGAGCUGCUAUGGCAGGUAUCUCACAGCCACCAACCAUCCAUUUCUGACCGGUUUGACCGGUCGGAAAGUUGAACAGUCGACCCUGCUCUCCUCGUCACGUGCUCUUGACUGUACGGUGGAGUGGGAGCCGAUCAAAUAUGGGAAUCGUAUCAGGCUGAAGAGCUGCUACAGCCAGUUGUUCCUCAGGGCCAAUGGAUACUGGCCUCCUUGGAGGAAUUGGAUCACCCAUUGUCCAGCUGAUGGUCGUGGAAUACUCCACAACUCCGACUUGGAAUGGAAGGUUGAUAUCCUUGAAACACGUCCAGAGGGUACGACGUCUCAAAUACCCGGCUACGGUAAUGUUCCUGCUUCUGGCAGUGCUCUACCCCCUGUUGUGGCCUAUUAUCGUCCUCCUCCUACACAACGCGACGAUCUGCGUAUGGAAAGGGCGGAGCUAGCAAUUGAGGUAGGAAAUCUACUAGUAAGUACAGCAAGUCUAAUGUUGCGAGACUCGGAUGCGGAUUACGGAGGUGCAUCAGGGCCUGAUGAUGUACUUGGAGUUUUAGAUGAGAUUGGAAAUGCCAAUGAUGCAACUGGAGAUGCUUGUGAUCAAGAGUAUUGAUUAGUUUUGAAAAUGAUAAGCUGUAAUUCAACAUUCUACUGCCCAUUUGGGAGGUCUAGCAGAAGAUGUUUGUUUGUGAACACGUACGGCCGGCAAUUAAUUGUCCCUCCAUGUUUAACCAACUUUAUCAUAUUUUAAUAGUCAAUCUGAUUAAAGUGAAUUAAAUUAGCAGUUAUUUAGCAAAUUUAUGUUGUAUUUGAAAUAGAUAGCUUAAGGGCAUAGCCUUGCAUAGUAUGUUUAUGUCACAUGAUCAGUUUGUUAUAUAUAUAUUAGUUAGAUUGUUGUUAAA